AUGGUAGACCAUACGGACGCUGGUCAGGCGAGCCGCACGGGCAGCCUGAAUCGCUUCGACCCUAAGUACGCGUCGUUCGGACCCCGAGCGCCGCGUCCACGCCCCCCUGCGCCGCCGCCCGCCCUCCACACCUUCUCGCCGGAACCGCCCGCUCACGCACCGCCCGCUCAAGACAAAUACGCCACGGUGCGACCCCAACGCCGCACAGAUCCGCAACCGCUCUCCGCCGCGGCGUUAGAGUACCGCAGCCUCCAACGCCCGAGGAGACAACCCCACAACAACACCCACAGACGACGCCCGGAACGACACGACCAGAGAGAUCUCUACGCGGUCACCGAGUUGUAG